AUGUCACGUCACAGGUGUCAUCCUAUUCGCACGCACACCAGCCAACGCGACGAAUGCGAAGAAACAGCUCUUCAUCUCUUGAGUUGCCCCGCUCUUCAUCCACUGCGAGUUCAAUUUGCGAUGGUUGAUGAUAUACCCCUGAUGAAACUAUGUUUUUCUAAGCUGUUAGCACAGUUCCUUAUUGCGGUGGAGCGGAACUACGCUAUGCCACAGACUUCACCACCAAGAAUCCCUACGCAACUUACCUACCUCUCUGUAAGAUCUCUAAAAUCAGCGACGAGCACGAAUAUGGAAACCCUGAUAGAAGAGUACGCUCAAGGCCCCUGCCACCGACCAAUACAAGCAACAAAAUAA